AUGCCUCGACCAAAGGUAAAGCCACAGGACCGACAGCGAUCCGCACGUGCUUGUCUCCCCUGCAAAGCCUCAAAAAUCCGCUGCGAUGCUGCUACGCCAUGUGGGCCUUGUCUUAAACGGGAACGUACUUCGGCCUGUGUCUAUCUGGAGUCUUCACGCAAGAGGCAGAAGACAUCUCAGAAUUCGCCUCUGCCGACCCCGAGCCUGGAUGACACUUCGCCGCAAUUCGAGGGCAGUCCGGCUGAGACUAGUGAUAUUGUCCGUGUUCAACCUAUUGGGACUUCCUUACCGGCCUCCAAUGCCCCAGCAGUCACUGCAACUACCACCCCAACCCCGGAGCCUGGCCACUCGGCAUCCCGGACAACUGAGAGUCGCAUGUUGCUCAGCUCCAAGGGCGAGAAACUAUACAUCGGCGAGAAUGCCUCCUUGUCGUUCUUGCAGUUCUUGCGGCAGAUCUUGAAGAAGUACAUGGGCCCAUCAGCGUUCACGGAGAAUCAAUUCAGAGAGAACAUGCUCGAAGUCGAACUAGCCCGGGACGAAAGUCCGCUGGUUUGUGACCAGAGUCGUGGCGAGAAAUAUAACCUGGUGCAACUCUAUCGCGAAGCUUCGAGUGGUAUCCUCGAUCUUUUCACCGUCGACGAGGUUCACGGCUUUCUCGAUCGGCAUAAUGCACUGAGUCCAAGUGCCUUCAUCGACGACGAAGACAAGCGUGCCAAAGCGGAACAGGCUUUCCUGAACAUGAUGCUCGCCAUCGGCAGCCAAUGUCGAGGACAGAACCCCCUGGACUCGUACAAUGCUGCACGCUCUUUUACUUGCGCACAGAAGUUCGCUUUCGAAGGCUUUCUCUGCGACCCAAGUCUGGACAUGGUCAGGGUGUUCUUGAUGAUGGCCUUCUAUAUGCUUGGAGCGUGCCAUCGUAACGCCGCUUUCAUGUGCCUGGGCAUCGCUUCCAAAGCAGCGUCUGCUCUUGGGCUGCAUCGCAAAGAACCCAAUAAAGCACUGUCAACAAUUGAGUUCACAACCCGAUGGCGGACGUGGAAAAGCCUUCUCAUCCUCGAUACCAUAGUCUCCUCGAUACUUGGCAGGCCUGGUGGCUUGCCUCCGAUGCGUCUCGACGAAGACAAUUCGGCUGAUGCAGACAUAGUAAUCGGAGACUACGAUCGCCCACGCUGGAUGGCAUCUAGGGCGGUGUUCACCAUUUGCUCGCAUAUCAUCGAGCUGGAACAGCAAAUCGGCAAUGGAACCAACAUCAACUCUGCCACCGCUGAGUCGUUUCUCCAACGACUACGGAAAUGGAAUGAGACAAUUCCUGUCGAGCUCCGACAUUUUGCCAGUAUGAAAGACACAACUCUUAGCCCGGCGGAUCGUGAACUCUUCAUCGGCGCUACACAUGUGGCUUGCACGUACUAUUUCACCAUUGUUCUGGUCACCAGACCUUUCCUCAUAUCACAUCUUGUGUCCCAGAUCCGUCGGCGGAGACCCCACGAUCGAAGACCCAGUGCUGACCGUUUGGCACCGUCACACGUAUCUGACCUUGCACAAGCCUGUCUCGACUCGGCCAUGUAUAUGGCCAAGACAGGAUACAUGGCAAUCAGCUCACAGAUCUUAUCAAACAACAUGUGCCUUCUCAAAGCCUGGAUGUUCGCGGCCGGUCUUCUCCUCGGCUUCUCAAUGUUCGCACAAGUCGAGCCAGUACCCGAGGUCGACGGUGCAUUUCAAAACGCCAUCUCUGUCCUUGAACAGCUAGGCCAACUCUCCCCACAAGCUCGACAUUACUUCGAGAUCCUGAGCACAUUCAGCGAUGCCAUCUAUGCGCGCCGAGAACAGCUUGGGCGAGAAAGAAGGAAGAAGAGCGAUCGAUAUGUCAGCCAAAUCUUUACAGCAGAUUUUCAAGAUCCUUCAGUCGCAGGGACAAGCAGUGCACCCGCUGCCACGGGAGAUGCAGCCGCAUACACGACACCGUCUUCCGCUGGAGUGAAUGGUGCGACUGGCGUCGAUCCCAACAUCGAUCCGAUGUUGAACUUUGAUCUUGACGGAUACGACCUCAGUCUGAACUACCCGCAAGCCCCAAAUGAUGAAUGGACGGACAUGCCGUUGUUGUCGGAUAACUUGUACAUCGACUGGGAGAGUCUUUGGCCUGUGCUGGAGAAUUGA